ACGACGACAAGAGAACGUGGGGGAGAUAUCUUUGACAUUUUGUAAUGCAGGAAAGACAUUGUCAUAUUACAUUAUUUUGAUCAUCUAACUUUUCAACGACCAUAACCUGCACAUCGUUGAGUAAUUCUGGGUUUAAGAGAGCCUGAGAGUUGGAAUAAACCACUUAACAGCAUCCCCAAGCUUGGACAGGCACCGUUGACCUGCGAUUGAUAAAAGAAUGGCCAUCUACCAACGAAUAUUAUUCCAGAAGGCAAGGGGAACUUCCGUGUCUAAUUACAAUGAUAAGCAAACACAUACCUGUACAUCUAAAUCAACAGCAAGUGAUGGAAACCAAAUUAAAGACUUUUACGAAAGUGUAAUUGCUAUGGAAACCAAUUCAGGCAUGCCCAAGUCUCCAAGAUCAUGUAGUGAUGUUAAACAAAGAAAAAUAAUGAAAAGUCGGACAAGAGAUAAAAUCAGGUCAAAUAGGACCACAACCCGAUUCAGGACAGCAAAUUCAUUCUUCAAGGCAGCAGCGGAAGGAGACUUGAAAGCUGCCAAGGAAUUUGUAGAACAAACGUCCGAAAUUAAUGUCCGAGAUGAUUUUGGCUGGACGGCAUUGAUGUGUGCCUGUUGUAGUGGACACUUUGAGAUGGUUGUGUACUUACUGAACCACGGAGCAGAGUGGAUUGGUAUUAAGGACAAAUCUGGUGCUGAUGCAAAGGUUUUAGCACAGCGAUCUGGACAUAGACACAUUGUGAACUUGUUUGAUAAUAAUCGGGAUUACUGCAAUACAAUUGAAAGUAAUGAUAAUGGUAGGAAACCUCCGGAAGCAUUUCAUUGUGGUUCUUGUAACACGGAUAUCAAGGCUUCCACUUUCAAUGAACACAGAAAUUCUACAGUUCAUCAGUUCUGUAUGCAACACACAAAACCAUCAACAUUGUACUACUUGAGUGAUAACAACAAAGGCUAUCAGAUGAUGCUUAAGGAUGGGUGGGACACUGAAAAAGGACUUGGCCCUCAGGGAAGUGGAAUUAAAUUUCCAGUUAAGACAAUCUUGAAAAGAGAUAGACAUUGUUUAGGAUCUGGAUCUAAAUCAGAGGAGAGUAGGCCAAGAAUAACACACUUUAAACCAUAUGACACUUCAGCUGUGAAAAGGCCAAGCCAGAAGAAAGAUAGUAAAAAAGUUGAAUCUGUUCACAAGCAAAUUAAACGAUCAAAAUCUAAAGUAAGGCAAUGGGAGAUAGAAUUUAGGCAGUCUUGGAAUAUUGAAACACGUUAGACUUCCUAUUGCAAUACAGUACUACUGUAGUUUAUAUAUUAUUCAAUGGCAUGAUUGCAUGGGAGACGCAAAAGCAGGAAACCCACUGUUGGAAGCACGUCUGACUCCCUGAAACGUACAAUAAAAUUGAAUUAAGUGAACCAAAACAAGAUAAGAAGGAAUGACUGAAGUAUUUUGAAAAGCUACAGUGUGAUUUACAAUGGAAAAGAUCCUUUAACUGCUUCUUAAAGACUUAAAAUAAAUUCUUGACAUACAAAACAACUUUUAAUAUUGUUGGGCAAGGAAUUCGAUAGUUUAAAAAAAAAAAAUUAUGAAUAACAAUUGAUAAUAUGGUUUGUGGUUACUGUAUAUUAAUAUCUUUUCACAGCCCUACAUAGUGAAACAAGUUUUUUUGGGGAUUAAAUAGAUAUUACAAUUAUUAUAUACAGUAAUACAGUAUUAUUAUAAUAUAUGAAGUGUAAUUAAAGUUUAUUUGUGUA